AGCAGAAGUGGAGUGGGCGCAGUAGUCAGUUUGCUGGUAAACUGUUAAAGUUGUGGUUUUGACUAAAUAUAUUCUCAUACGGAGUUUUUAUACUAUCUUGUGGACUGUCAAUUCUACAUUUUCAGUAAAAGAAGAUGGAAGGAGAUGAGUGUGGGGGGUUUCCUCCAGAACCAUCGGAGGGUAACUCACAGAGGGGAAGUGUGGCCUCUGUCACCCGCGCUCAAGAUGUGCUUGUGUACCUGGUGGGUGACAGUGCGGUACACCUGUGUGUGGAGGGGGUUGGCAGUGUGAGUGUCCAGGAGCUAGGCCGCAGUGUCCGAGAGGCUCUCCACAUUCCUGAUUCUGCAAUGGAUGUCUUUGCAUUUUGGCUCUGUUCUCCUCUGCUUGAUCUGCAGUUAAAGCCGAAGCAUCAGCCUUACAAACUGUGCCGCCAGUGGCAGGACCUGCUGUAUCGCUUCACUAAGGCCUCAGAGGAGGACAUAUCUCAAGAUGAGCCAUGCUUGCAGUACAGAAGGAAUGUGUUUUAUCCCAAGUCUAAAGAGCUGCAGAUUGAAGACGAGGUGGUGUUGAGACUCCUUUACGACGAGGCACGGGUUAACAUCCUCGCGGGCCGCUUCCCCUGUGACCCUGAAACCUGGACGGGUUUGGGAGCACUGUCUUUUGCUCUGGAACUGGGAGUAGGUCUGGAUGACCAGAAAGCCUCUGCUGCUUUAAGAGAGAAGAAGCUGAUAUCCUUCCUGCCUGCACAUGUAUCAGGGGGAGGUGGGGGGCUGUUCUCUACCCUGAGGGGGAAAGGGGGCCGUCAGGCAGGGCUGGAGCACAACCUGUUGGAGGAGUAUCACAAGAUCAGCACCUUAGGCAGCACCCCCCCGGAGCCCACUCAGCAUCUGCGCCAGUACCUCAGCACAUGCCACUCUCUGCCUUACUACGGGUGUGCUUUCUUCUCGGGGGAGAUUGACAAGCCAGCCCAGGGGAUUCUUCAUAGAGCAGGACGGAAAGCUGUCAAUGUGGGGAUCAGUCUGGAGGGGGUGUAUGUAAUGGACAUCAAAGAGAAGCACGUGCUCCUGGGCCUGCGUUUCAGUGAGUUGUCUUGGGACCACAGCUACCCUGAGGGGGAAGGUGACUCACACAUCCUGUGGCUCGAAUUUGAUGGGGAGGAGGCCGGCACCCCUGUCAACAAGUUACUGAAGAUCUAUUCAAAACAAGCAGAGCUUAUGAGCGGCCUUAUUGAGUUCUGUGUGGAGCUACGGUCUGCAGCCGAAGGAGGGGCGGCGACGGAAACGGACAGUGAUGUCAGUCCAUCCCAUCAGCCUGCUGGACAGGCGGGGGAUAGUGACAGAGGAAGGGGCGGGCGCCGCGGCAAACUGCGCAGGCAGAGCAGUGUGGUGUGCAGUCGGGUCCAUACACUGAACACCAUCAGCUAUGUGGACAACGGUAAAGAAAUCAAACGCUUGAAGCCAAAGAGAGCUGCUUCCUUUUUCACCAGGCAGGCACAGCCGCCCACAUACUCAUCAGUACAGGUGGCAGAGAGUUUGGAGCAAGGGUGAGCCUCCAUCUCCGGUAUAGGCACUGCUCUAUGCUAACUGGAGACCAAAACUGAACAUGCAAGUUGAGAUUGAGAGAAAAAGAUAAGCAGGGAGUUGGAGAGGUUUAUCUUCUUGAUUGAGGAAAUACUAUGGACCAAGAGUAGGAUUUAAGUGUGAAUAAAUAUUUAUGGUUAAAUGUUGUGUAUAUGAAGUUACAUGAGAAUAUUGGCAUUCUUUAGGUGCUGCAAAGUGACGUUGAGUGUCAUUACUUCACUGGUCAAGUUAAACCAGCUACCUAUUGGUAAAAGUUGGAGUUUAAUAUGAAACUGUUGAUGAGUAGUGGUAACGUUCACAGUAGCGCCACCUUUUAGCUUUUACCCUUGUGAUUGGGGACCUUUAUUACAGUUCUCCUUCAGAUGGCGUUUAUGUGCAAUGACUACAUACGCUAUAUAUACAAAAGCAUGUGGACAGUUCUUCAAAUUAGUGGAUUGGGCUAUUUCAGCCACACCCGUUGCUGACAG